GAUCCCAGCAGCGAGACACACAGCAUGGUGAACUACUACUUCGUCUUCAUCGGCCUUGCCAUAGUCACGGUCACCAUUGCCGCCGUCGUGACCUGGACCCGCAAGCAACGUGUGGACCUCCUUCGCGAAAGACCUCCGCGCCACGAUCCCGCCGCGGGCCCUUGGAACGAUCUGAAUUCCUGGGAGCAGAAUCGUGCUAAUCGACACUCCCGCUUCGGACAUCGUCGCUCGAACGAGUACACGCGUGAGGAAGGCCUGAAUGAGCACGGAGAGGCUCCGCCGCCGUAUGUGCCGCCACCACCGAUGCAGAGAGGGGAGGAUAUUGGCAAUGCGCCGCCAGCUGUGCCAUUGAGGACGUUGUCGAGAGAUCAGGCGGGUCUGAAGCCGCCGGAGUAUGGUGCGUGAGAGAUUAUGGUGUUUGAGAGCAAAUUUGGCUGGAAAUCCUGGCAAAACUUCACUUUUGACUGUUCGCCGCAUGUGUGGGUUAGCGGAGGCGUUUGUGGAGCUGGAUGAGACGUAGUCAACGGCUCGUCGGAGUCAAAUACAUCAUGCGUCACUUCAUCGGAGUGGUAGGAAUCCGUACUUAGAGGUGGGCCUCUCGGAGUCCCCAUCACUGGCCAUGGAUUCAGAAGCAGGGAUGAACGCACAAAUGACCUGGCCUC